AUGCUCAAUUCCCACACGCUUCACAAUAAAGCACUGCAUCACGGAAAGGAUGAUGUCCAAGAUUACUCAACCCCACAUCGUGCAAAUUACUCUAACAACCAACAAUCACCUCAAAAGGAUAACGCACAUCAAUCAUCGAAUAGCUCAAACACCAAACCCAAUCUCAAGACAGCUCGCUCUUUUGACCAUCCCAAAAUAUCAAUCAAGAAUCAAUCACAUUCACUUAGACCUGUGAGUACGACUGUUCCCUCAACACCAUUAAUCCCCAAGCACCUCCUUCUGCCACGGAAGAAGUCGUCUUUAAAUAGAUUGAAUAUACGAUCGCAGGUUUUCAAGAGGCAAAAUUCACAAAGAAACGUUAUCCAUAGUCCACGGUUAGACCAGGAAUCAAGUGAAUUCGAUAUUGAUAAUGGCGAUGAUGAAUUAACGUCACUUCUUACAUCGAAAGCCAGUGAAUCCAUUAUUUCAAACUUUUGCGAUAACUUGAUUGAUCCUAUGCAUUCUUUACGAAACUAUUACAAUGACUUUACCACAAUAGAUUGGACGAAGGCAUAUCUCGAGGGAAAUCGAUUCAAUUACUCGUUAGAGCAAAAUGAAUGGAUUGGAGAUGACAAGACAAUUGACACAAACGAUUGCUCGAACACUAAGCGAAUUCCAUUUUUGCAAAAGCAGUACUACAUAUUGGGCAAAUGGAUUUUAAUUGUUCUUAUUGGCUUAUUUUUUUCAUUUAUUGCAUUUAUGAUUGACAAGGUUGAGAUUUUGCUAGUUGGGGUCAAGUACGGAUACUGUAAAAGUAACUGGUUUGCAAGUCAGGUAUCGUGUUGUGCUAAUGGAAUACAGCAAACAGCGAGCCAUGGACUGUUAGCACCGUUCAAUGAACCACAAUGUCCAAAUUGGGUCAGUUGGUCUCAAUUGUGUCGUAGCUUGUACCUUGGAAGUGUGAUACGAUGGGAUUUUAUCGUCUAUGUGAUGUUGACUGCUGCUUUUGCCAUUUCUGCAUGUUUAAUUACACUAACAACAAAGAUAACCACUGGCAUAGAAGAAAAGAUUGAGAAUGGUGAGCCCGACCAAAAAGCUCAAUUCGAGCCACCACACACACAAAUUAAGCCACGCGUAAUAUAUACAGCUAUGAGUUCGGGUGUACCCGAAGUUAAGAUUAUCCUUUCAGGAUUUGUUAUACGCCGAUUCCUCGGUGUAUAUACUCUUUUCACCAAAUCAGUGGCUUUGGUUUUGGCCAUUGCCUCUGGCAUGUCAUUAGGUAAAGAAGGUCCAUAUGUUCAUUUGGCAACAUGUGUGGGUAAUAUCACAUCGCGAUAUUUCCCAUUCAUUUAUACCAAUGAUUUCUUUGAAAAACAGAUAUUGUCAGCUAGUGCAUCAGCUGGUGUGGCAUUAGCUUUUGGCUCACCAUUAGGCGGUGUCUUGUUCAUUUUAGAGGAGAUUAACAAUCAUUUACCGAACCAUCAGUUGUUUCAAGUGUUUUUUUGCGCAAUUAUUUCCACGUUGUUUUUGAAAAUGUUGAAUCCAUAUGGUACGGGCAAGACAGUAUUGUUUGAACUCGAAUACUAUUCAGAUUGGAAACCUAUUGAAUUGAUCUUUUUUGUAAUUCUUGGAAUGGCAGGGGGGAUCUUUGGUGCCUGUUUUGUCAAGUUCAUCAAUUGGUGGCCACGGGUGUUUCGUAAACACCGUAUCAUCAAGCAAAAUCCAAUUUUGGAAGUUGGGGUUAUCGCAAUAGUGACUGGAUUGAUCACAUUUUGGAAUCCAUAUACUAAGCAAGCAUCAUCGGAGUUGGUUUUAGAUCUAGCCACUUCUUGUUCCGGAAGAGAGUUAGAUCGAUCGUUGUGUCCAACAACCAGCCAAGAGUAUGUGCAUGAAUUAUGGUCCCUAUCGUUUGCCCUUCUAGUCAAGAUAGGAUUAACGUUUGUUACCUUUGGAUUGAAAGUACCUUGUGGUAUCUAUGUCCCAUCAAUGGUUGUUGGUGCUCUAUUUGGCCGGAUAUUUGCCAUGAUAAUCCAAGGAAUAAGUGUGUGGGCCAAAAAUAGCGAUACGGGUUUGGGUAAUGGGGUCAUGGCAUUUGUUUUUGAUUCACUUUCGUGUGGGUCAGGGUCCGCGCCGGGAUCACCUUCGAAGAACUGUAUCGAUCUAGGUAUCUAUGCCAUGAUAUCGGCCGGAGCUUUCAUGGCCGGAGUAACACGAAUGAACAUAACUAUUGUUGUCAUUAUGUUUGAGUUGACUUCUUCAUACACCUAUGUGCUACCCAUUGCUAUUGCCAUCUCUGUUGCUAACUGGUCAGGCGGCUUGUUGGAAAAAAAUUCAAUUUAUGAAUCGGUAUUGAUCAAUAACGACUACCCGUUUAUGGCAUCAGAAAACGAGCCAGUUGACCCCAGGGUUAGGGUAAUAGACAUUGUUGACGAUGGUCUCAUUUUUGCUCCCGAAAAGUCAAAGUCCUCCUCGUCCUCCGCACGGGACAAGAGUAACCACAUUUACAUUGAUUUGACUCACCUGUGCUGGGUAUCAACCACCGUUCUUGAAGAGAAACUUCACAUUCUUGCCAAUCACAGUCUUUUGGACGGAUGUAUUCCAAUCAUAAAGUGUGGAAACUGUGUUGGGCUCAUAUACUUUGCCGAUUUAGAAAUUUGUCUUGAUCGCAUCAAUGCAUACUUGGAAGAAUGUGGGGUGACACAGCAAGAUGUUGGUGAGAUUUACUGUCGCUUGAUUCAUGAAAGCAAUGGGACAUCAACUCGUCAACUGAACAUUAUUGAUCAAGACUACUUCACUUAUGGAUCUACAGCAUUACUGGAUGCGUCGCAGAUGCUCGAUGGAUUAACGGAUCUUACACCAUAUGUUGACACCCAUCCUCUUUUCAUCAGUGAGCAUUCUCCAUUGAGUUUUGCUAGCUUGAUAUUUGAGCGAAUAGGAAAUCGAGUCAUUGUGUUGUUGAACAAGGACGACGGCUCGUGUUGCGGAGUGUUGCAUAAAAAGGUUUUGGUUGAUUACUUGCGUCGGGGCGAGUGUGGGGACGAAUAG